UCGGCGCAGGACGCUCAACAAGUGUGUGUCGCCCGUCGAUCGCCGCCGCCUCCACCGCCGCCACCACUUUCCCGACAGGGACAGAGGAGCGAGCAGCGCCUCCGCCCCGCAGGUUCUCAUCAGCGGCUACACUUUACGGUGAAAGAGAGAGAGACAGUCACAAAACGGGAAGCGCUGUGCUUCAGGAGCGACGCGCCGUGGGGCGGGCUGUGGGGUGAGUGCGGGACGGGCUUGUGAGCACAGCAUCCAGGCGACGAUGUAUCAUGCGUGAGGGAAAAUAGUGAACAGCAAAGCUUCUUGUCUGAGAUAUUCACCAUCUCUUGGUGUUCCGCACACCAGACACUGCGAAAGUGAAACAGCGAGAAUGCAAAAGAAAAACGGUGUUCACGUCGCCAUGAGUCACUGCCACGCUUCUGCCGCCUAUCACACAUCCCUCACCUGGUGACCUCCAAGCAUCCUCAUCCUCCCUCUUGGUGACUUUAUUCCAUCCCCUUACUUCCCCUCACUAUCCCUCACCCUGCCCCUGCAACUCCCACCAACCUCUCCCCCCGUCAUCUCUCUCUCUUUCUAUCAUCCCAAGGAGUAACACCUCUACCUCAGCCUACAAAUACUUUCAAUCAACUUCGGCACACGCCACACCUCGCACACCAACACACCAGACUCCCGCGCGUCUGUCCUUCCACGGGAUGAGAAUGUCCACGCCUCGCCGUGGAUAGUGCGGUAAAAGUAGAGCCGCCCCUGGGCAAGGCGGCCGACAAGACCAUGUGCUCUAGCGCGGCUCCCGCGGAAGGGGGAGAUGAGGCCCCCUCCACCCUGCCCCCAUUAAAUCCACGGCCCACAACCACCACCACUACCACCACCACCACCACGAGCACGGACGUGAAGAUGAGGCGCUUCACUUUGCCUAACCUCUUCCUGACGGUGGAGGGACAAGAUCGACAGCUGGAGGAGAUCUGCCCGGGCAUCUACGAGUACACGGGUCACCCAAAGUCACCACGCUCUCCAAGGUCACCAAAAUCGCCGCGGUCACCAAGAAGCACCAAGAGCACGUCUCCCAACAGCCCACGCGCCCCACACUGCCAGUGCCACUGCCCCCGCCUGCACCGACAGGAUGAGCCGUUCUCGUCGUCAGCGUCCCCCAGCCCGAGGAGGAAGCGACCCCCCUACAGCCACAUCCUGCUGGGGGAGAGGAAGCCUUCAGCGGGGAACCUCCUGGCCACUACCUUCGGAAUAGCAGACAGAGACGCCCCCACACAGUCCCUGCCGCUCAUCCACGAGAAAGAGAAGGAACACGCUCGACUGAUGGUGGAGAGGCCGGAGAUUAAGGAUACUCAGGCAGGAUUCGAAGCGCUUGGUGGGCGGUGUGAAUCCUGCGGCACGUGCACGGACAGCUGUCUCAAGAAGCUGGGGUUGGAGCAUGAGGACGGCUCUCGCUCCCCGUCCAGCAUCUCCCCGAAAUCAGAGAAGAUGUACACCUUCUUCGAAAAGUCUCUGUCGCUGGUGAGCUCUUCCCCCACCAGGUUUGGCGACCACCUGGUACCGCGAGAAAAGAGGAGUCACUCUCUAGCCACUCCUGCAGCCAUGGCCAACGUGGUGCACUUCCAAGAGCUGCACAGCCGCCACGCCGAGAGCCACCUGUUGCGUACUGUCAACAUGGCCGCCUCCAACGCCGUCCUCUCCCGCAUCUCGGCGCGUCUCAAGGCCGUCACUACCGCCACGCAGCAGGAGUCCGUGGAGGAGGUGGACGAGGAGGUGGAGGCUCAGGCCGCAGCUGCCAGCCCAAGAAAAACCCACCGCCACCAUCAUCACCACCACCACCAACACAAUCACCACCAUCACUGUCACGGCCACGGCCACCACAGCAGCGCUACCACACCCCAGGAUGCCGCCAGCUCCCAGCAGAAGGCCCACGGCGGUACCACCCCCACCACCAGCACUACCGCCGCCGCCUUCCCAUCCCCAGGCAGCACUGCGCAGGGCAAAGUCAACGCAACCGCAAGCAACGCUACUGGUGGGAUCACGCCUACUCAAGCUAAAGACGGCGCCUCACCAACUGACGAGGCGCCAUCCUCCGCAAACGCUGGGAAGGAGGAGGGACUGAAGCAAGCAGAAAACCAUGAAUCAAAGAAUGAAGGCAAGGUAGGAGAGGCAGAAGAAACGAAGGAAUCAGCGACAGAAAAGUCCACUGACGACGCGGAGAAGGCCUCUGGUGAAGUGACCGACUCAUCACCACACGCACCACAGGAAGCAACACCCGAGGCUCAAAAUGUAGACGGGGAUGAAUCAGCGACGUGAGCUCUUGGAUUGGACAGUUAUAAGAUAAGCCCUGCUUUCCUGUGGGCUCCUGUGGGCCGACGUGGGAGAGUGGCAGGUGUGGGCCGCUACGCCAUGCCCUUGUUUAAAUAUAUUGAUAAACUGAUACAUUUACCUCCUGUGAUAACCCUGUCGUCUCAUUCUCUAUCUUUAUUCCCUUGGCUGCCUUGACGAAGCCGUUUAAUGU